GCUACAAAGAAACGAAAGUGUUCUUGGUUCUUCUAUAUCGAGAUGGGCGGAGCAACGAGAUGGUUUAACCGAUUGUUUGGCACGAAGAAAAACAGUGAAAGAAAGAGCCGCGUUUCCGGCGAUAAUUCUCGGAGAGGCGGUGAAGAUUUCGGCUACAACAGUAUCCCGACGGAUACUGUUUGGUGGAGAACAUUUCUGACGGAUACAGAGAAGGAACAGAACAAGCACGCAAUUGCAGUUGCAACAGCUACGGCCACAGCCGCAGAAGCAGCGGUUUCGGCGGCUAAAGCGGCUGCGGCAGUGGUUAGACUGACCGGUGAAGCAAGAGCGGGAGAUAUCAUCACGAGGGAAGAGCGGUGGGCGGCGGUGACAAUUCAAAAGGUCUUCAGGGGCUCUUUGGCAAGGAAAGCAUUAAGAGCUUUGAGAAGUAUAGUGAAGCUGCAAGCUCUAGUGAGAGGAUACUUGGUAAGGAAACGCGCGGCUGCGAUGCUGCAAAGCAUACAAACUUUGAUCAGAGUCCAAACCGCUAUGCGAUCUAAACGCACCAAACGCUCCCUCAACAAAUACUACAACGUGGUUCAACCACAAGAGUCCCUUGAUAAGUUCCAAGAAGCGGCGUACACUGAGAGAAGUCCAAAGACCGUAGAGAUCGACGACAGAUACAAAAGGAGAUCGAAAUCUAAGGAAGUGCACAAUGUUGUUGCAAUGUCUCAAUAUGGUAACGAUUUUCAUUACAGAGGGAAUGAUUUGGAGUUGAGUUUGUCGGAGGAGAAGUGGAAGUCUGCGACGGCGCAUAAUACACCGAGAUUCUCGUCUUCUUCGUCGUACCAUGACGCAGCUAAUAGUCGCUACUAUGUAACCAAGAGCCAGGACAAUGGAAUGAGUACUCCUGGCUACAUGGAGGAAACGCAGUCGUUUAAGGCUAAGCUGCGUUCGCAUAGCGCACCGCGUCAGCGAUCUGAGAGGAAGCGGUUGUCGCUAGAUGAGGUUAUUGCGUUUAGGAGUAGCGUUAACGACGAGAGAUUGCUCCAACAGCAACUGCAGCGCUAUUCUUGUUCCUAUGAUCCGUCCUGA